GGGGGGCAUGAGAUGCGAAUACCGCCUGUGAAGGGUGGAAGCCGCGCCUUGUUUCGGUGCGACGGACCACGGCAUACCAUACACGCCACAACUUUCUACACCACGCCACGCCGCUCACAAAAACUUGACGAAUUUCAUGACCGCCAUGCAUGACCUUUGCUGGGAGUAGGGCCUGUACUUACUUGCGUGCUUGCUUGCUGUUUUCUUUUUUUAUGCUGCCACAGCAACAACUUGAACAAAAAAACACGCAAGAGGGUGACUCCUCGGGUUUUUCUUCUGUUGUUGUUGCUGUUGUUGUUGUUGUCGGUGUUCUGUUUUAUCGGCCAAAGCUUGUCCUGGGUUUAUUUCUUUUGGAAACGGGAACGGGUUUGGGAACGGGAAUUGGGUGCUAGUGGUGCUGGUGGUGGUGUCCUAAUAAUGCUUGCAUGCUUGCAUGCUUGCUUGCUUGUUUCCUGUUUGCCCACUACACACACGCACGGUUUUCACUUCCUUCUGCAUGGGAACGAAAGCACGGAUUUUGGCGUUGGCGUUUUAUUAUUUUGUUUUAUUGUUGUCGUUGUUGUUGGACUUGGAGAGCGGAAAAGGGCGGCUGCGAUGUCGUUUUGUGGGCUUGGUCUGUCAAGCUUGGCUAUUCGUCUUUCUCUGCGCCGUCUGGAUAAUUGUCUUUCUGGAUCGGUGGUUGGAAAUGGACGAGAAGAAAGCCAGCUGAGGCGAGCUGGACUUGGUCAAGGAAAGAAACGGGGGAAGUGGCGUCGUGUCCCGGCGUCGUCUGUCUGCGGUCGGUGGGUGGUGCCAUCGUCCAGCCAGCCUGAUAUACAUAUCUCUGUCAGGAUAUAUCCCGGUAUACGCUCCUUCCGAGUAUCUCUUCGUCUGCCGGCCCGGCCAAAUAAAAUAUAAAUCAAGCCCUGUCACUUUUACGUCUUUUGAUUGCCGUGUGAUUCUGGCCUAGGAUUUGCUGUGAUGCCUACCGAGCCGAGUCGACUUUCUCGCUCUAAAUGAAAAUUUUAAGUGUGACAACUAAGCCGACUGACAACGUCCUGUUCAGCGUGGGCCAUUUGGGAUGGUGUUCUAAGACCGCGCUAAUAUUCACAAGCCGGAGCACGU